AUGCCUGAGAGAGACCCUCCCGUCGAGAAGCCUGACGAGGCACCUGACUGUGCCAUCGACGACUCCGACGAUGUCGACGAUAAGUACGUCGAACUCCAGCGCGUCGCCAACGACCACAAACAAAAGCGCCCUAACUCCGCGUCUCUUCGUGUUCAGGACGUGGUUCCAUUCCACUUCAGUCCUCUCGUCCAGCCUCUGACGAGCUCGAGCGUCGAAUCAUGUGUCGUGCUUGAGGACGCUGCUUUUACCAAUCCUGACCAUCGUGCUACCAGAGAGAAGUUUGAGUAUCGUCUCUCGACUUGCUCCGACAUAUGCUCGGGCAUCUUCUGUAGCAUCGUGCCCGGUGAAGCCAAGGACUUCGCGCUUGAGACCCUCUCAGUCGCCAAUCCCGUCGAGACUGGUCGCGCCAAUGGCGCAGUUCUCGCCCUCUGCGCUCACAUCGUCUCGACCCUCGGUAACGGCCCCGUCGUCACCGACGCCGACAUGAGCUACCCCCUCAACUGGCGCGAUCAAGAGUCGUCCAAGUCAUCGGGCCUCGGUCACCAAUUCAUGGGUCGCACCGUCUGCUUGCACUCCUUCGCCGUUGCGCCCAAGCUUCAGGGCUGUGGCCUCGGCAUCCUGAUGAUGAAGUCUUAUCUCCAGCAGAUCAACAACUCAGGCGUCGCUGAUCGUGUGGCUCUGAUUUGCCAGGACUACUUGGUUUCCUACUAUAAGCGAUUCGGAUUUCGACACGUUGGCGCGAGCAAGGCAUCGUUCGCUGGAGGCGGGUGGAACGACAUGGUGUUUGAACUCAGUGGUCCUUCUCCUAAGAACGGCGGUUCCCCCAAGUCAGUCGCUGACGAGACCCGCGCUCACGCGGAGAUGUAG